AUGGAUGAACUUUGCGCCGUUUUAAAUAUAUCUAAGAGUCAAUUAGACACGAUAAAAAAGACUAACUUGAAGGAAGAUCAGAAGAAUAGUGAUAUAUUUCAGAGUUAUAUUGAUAGCUGUAAUAAAAAUUCCAAUAAUGAAUCCACAGACGAUGUUUUACAGAAAUUGAACGAAUUGCAAACCAAGCAUGAAAAGGUCAUGGAAACUUUAAGUAAAACAAUUCCUCCUUUGCGUGAGUACAUGGAGCAAUUUAAUUCAAAAUUAGUUGAAUAUACUGGAGAUUUGGGGAUGAUUAGAAAUAAAUCAUCGGAAUUGAAGGUUCUUUUGGAAAAUAACUCUACAAAAUUAUCAAAAGUAAGUCCUAUUGUCAAUGAUUUAAUUAUUUCGCCUGAGGUGGUCAACGGUAUUAUAUCUGGGGAAAUCGACCCAGUGUGGGUAGAGCACAUUGGUUUCAUUAGAGAUAAGAAAGAGAUCUAUCAAAAAUAUAAACGUUUAGAAGACAGCGAGAAACCAAAGGAUUUCGAGCAGAUGUUAAAAAUAUUAGAAAACCUUGAAAUUGUAAUUCUAGAAAGAUCGAAAAAAUAUAUAGUCCAUAAAAUAAAGAAUCUAAGAAGUUUCAAUACAGCACCAUCACAAAAGAUACAAUAUGAAUUAAUACAAGUGAAGGAGAUAUUUUCAUUCAUUUUAGAAAAUAAUUACUCCUUAGCAUUAGAACUAAGACAAGCUUAUGCUUAUACUAUGAAAUGGUAUUACAAAAGUUAUUUUGGACGUUAUAUUAGAUCACUAACCAUCUUACCAUUUAGACAUAUCGAUGCACAAUACGCUUUGGGUAGUGGAUUGACAGACACUUCGGUUAGUUAUUUGAAUGGAUAUGGUAUCGCAAACUAUCUAUCAACAAGUUACACAAAAGGUACUUCCUUUACUACUGAUGAAGCUAUACAAAGUUAUUUCCAGAUUGAAAAAAGGUUAACAUUAUUGACACAAGAAGAUAAUACUGUCAUGGUAUCACAGAUAGCAGAAAAUAACUCUAGAGAAAAUUUUAUUGAGAUUGGUUUCAAAAACUUAAACUUGGCUGUACUGGAUAAUUGUACAGUUGAAUUUAAAUUUUUAACUAAUUUUCUUAAAAUAGGUGAAAACUUAGAUGAAUUAAGAGCUUUAUGUGAACAAAUAUUCCAACCUACCUUAGAUGAAAUUAUCCAAUACACCAAAGACUUAGUUUUGUACUCUUAUGAUAUUUUUGGUGUUCUAAUUAGUAUUAGAAUUGCUCAACAACUCCAAUUUGAAGCAAAGAGAAGAGACACCCCAGUUAUUUCAGAUUUCAUGGAUGUGCAGCUAAUAACUCUAUGGCCAAAGCUACAACAAUUAAUCGAUUUUCAAUGCGAGAGUCUUCGUAAUGUUAGUAGCAAUGUAAAUGUUGCCAAAAUAUCAUCAAAUAACUCAAAUAUGAAUUUAUCAAGAACGGAUGACCCAUUGACGACACCUCAUGAAUUGACAGUUCAAUUUUCAAAAUUUUUAACUAGCCUUUUGAAAUUAACAAUAACUCAUAUCAAUGACAUUGACGAGCGUUCAGAACCCAUCUAUAAUUCUAUUAUAAGGAUAAGAAAUGAUUUUGAGACUGUCAUGACAAAAUGUAGUAAAAAAGUGAAGUCAUCUGAAAGAUUUUUAGCAACCAAUUAUAUGUACCUUUACAAUGUACUUCAGAAACAACAUUUACAAGAAGAUGAUUCGGUGGAGUCAAUACCAUUGAUUAUUGAAGAGACUGAGAAUCACUAUUACACUCUGGUCCAAGCGUAUAGUAGAUCUUAA